AGGGAGGUGAAAACCAGUCCACCUCCUGAUGGCAUCAUGCUGGGCCCAGAGUCCCCAGGGGCUGGGCAUGGGCUGGGCCCUUCGGGCAGCAGGGAGGGGGCUCGGCUGGUGCUGACAACUCCCCUCCCCCCUUUGCAGUUGGUGCAGGCUCUGAUCAGUGAUUUCCAGGGCACCCCCACCUUCAACUACAAGGCAGCUCACGUCUUCUUCAUCAGCCCCUGUCCUGAGCCUCUGGUCAAGGAGCUGAGGAAGUCACGGAUCACCAAGGCCAUCAGAACACUCAAGGAGAUCAACAUGGUCUUCCUUCCCUACGAGAGCCAGGGACCAACGAGGACUGAGAGGACAAGGAGGAGGAGUAGGAGGAGAAAUGGGUGGACGUGCCUACAGAGGAGGCUGCUCUCAACAUCAUCCAAAAGUAGCUCCAGGGCAGAGAAAAGCUGGCAGCACAGGCCUGCCUCCAGAGGGGAGCCUGGCACACACCUGGCUGCCCAAACCAUCUACACAGAGAAGGAAUUGACAGCCUGCUUGUUAACCACCGGAGCUACUUGCUGCAGCAGAGCUGGCUCCAGCCUGAAGCCCCUGGCCCUGCUCAGGCACUCAGCCAUUAUGGAGGAUGCUCUCGAGCCCGAGUCGGCCUGGACUAAGGAAGGUUUCAGGAACAUGCACUACCUCCAAAGGACUGUCUAA